CACUUACCACAUCUAACAAAAACAAAAAAUUUCUUGUAAACAAAAAUAGUUUUUGCAUCAUGGCUUCCGAUGGAGAAGAUGUUCACAUGACUCCAGUUGAUUCGUUGGCUUCUGGCACAGAUACCGAAGAAGAUGAAGAUAUCCAAACCAUGCGAUCGGCUGAAACAGAUGAUACAGAUGACGAUGAUGAUCUGGAUGUGGAAUUGGAUGUAGAGCUGGUGCCUGCUACACCCGACGAGGGCGAUGUGGAUGAACUGAUGAGACAAUUAAAGGACUACCAGCCAACGGUCCCUGAUGCCCUAACAGUUAACUUAUUAAAACAGGCUGGAUUUGGCACAGUGGACUCACAGCUUGUGCGACUUAUUUCUGUUUCAGCACAGAAAUUCAUUUCAGAUAUAGUAAAUGAUGCACUGCAGCAUUGCAAGACACGCAGCACUAACAUUCAGCACUCGAGCGGCCACAGUUCCAACAAGGAUAAGAAAAAUCCAAAGGAUCGUAAAUAUACAUUGGCCAUGGAAGAUUUGGUGCCAGCUCUAGCCGAUCAUGGCAUCACAGUCCGUAAACCGCAAUAUUUUGUUUAGAUUUUUUAUUUUAUAAUUAUACACUUAUAUAUUUUUUAUU